CUGCAGGUCUUCAGGUCUGUGGUUGCAAGCACCAGGCAAGAAGAGGAAAGACCUGCAGGCUCAGUGCAGGACAAGCAAAGGAGGGGACAUCUCAACAUGGAAAAACUCUACAAUGAAAACGAAGGAAAGCAGGAAAGCAAGGGCAAGCCAGAAGAUGAAGUAGAUACAGAAGAUGAAGGAAAGUCAGAUGAGGAAGAAAAGCCUGAAGUGGAGGGGAAGCCAGAACAUGAGGGACAGCUCCAGGACCAGGGACAGCCAGAUGAUGAGGGACAGCCAGAUGAUGCGGGGAAGCAAGAAAAGCAGGGCAAGUCUGAAGAUGAGGGAAAAGCACGUGGUGAGGGCAAGUCAGAACCCCAGGCAAAGCCAGGGAGCGAGCCGCGGGCUGCCGAGAAGCGCCGGGCUGAAGAUUAUGUGCCUCGGAAAGCAAAACGAAAAACAGACAGGGGGACAGACGAUUCCCCCAAGGACUAUCAGGAGGACUUACAGGAAAGGCAUGUGGGCAGUGAGAUGAGGGAAUGUGGAGAUGUGUCACGGGCUCAGGAAGAGCUAAGGAAAAAACAAAAUAUGGGUGGUUUUCAUUGGAUGCAAAGAGAUGUGCAGGAUCCAUUCACCCCAAAGGGCCAACGGGGUGUCAGGGGAGUGAAGGGUGGAGGUAGGGGCCAGAAGGACUUAGAAGAUGUUCCAUAUGUUUAAUGCCCUCGGCCUUCAAUUCUGAUUUAUCUGAUGAGAAUAUUGCCUACCCUGCUUUCCCUGGCAGGCAUUUGCCAGGCCAUGUGCUUUAACCUUAAGCUGAUAGUUUGCUUUAGGUGUCACUCUUGUUGCCAGCAGCCUUUUGAUCCAACUACAGCACUCUGUUUCAGUAGGGGAUUUCCACCCAUGUGCAUGGAAGAGAUGUUCAUGGUACAUUGUAAAAUAAUAAUAAAAAAAGCAGUUUUCAGAACC